AUGGAGUUGCUGCUGAUCUCUCUUUCCCUGUGGAUAUUGCAAUGCAAUCCUGCCAGAGCGGACUCCAUCAUACACAUCGGUGCCAUAUUUGAGGAAAACGCAGUGAGGGAUGAUGAGAUUUUCCAACUUGCCAUCUCAGACCUGAGUCUGAACGACGACAUUCUGCAGAGCGAGAAAAUAACCCACUCUGUGAAACUUAUCGAGGCUAACAACCCUUUCCAGGCUGUGCAGGAAGCAUGCGAGUUGAUGAACCAGGGGAUCCUCGCUCUCGUCACGUCCACAGGCUGCGCCGCGGCGAGCGCCCUGCAGUCCCUGACGGACGCCAUGCACAUCCCCCAUCUCUUCAUCCAGAGGAACGGGGACGGCUCGCCCCGAACUGCCUGCCAGCUCAACCCCAGCCCGGACGGAGAGAGCUACACGCUGGCCGCCCGUCCGCCUGUUCGGAUCAACGAGGUCCUGCUGAACCUAGUGUCUGAGCUGCACUGGCAGAAGUUCAUCAUCUUCUAUGAGAGCGACUACGAUAUCCGCGGUUUGCAGACCUUCAUGGACCAAUCUUCCCGGAUGGGACUGGACGUGUCCCUGCAGAGGGUCGACCGCAACGUUAGCCGCGUGUUUACCAACCUCUUCAACACCAUGCGCACCGAGGAGCUCAACCGCUACCGGGACACUCUGCGCCGGGCCGUGCUGCUCAUGAGCCCUCGAGGGGCGCAGGUCUUCAUCCACCAGGCUGUGGAAACCAACCUGGCAUCCAAGGACAGUCACUGGAUCUAUGCCAAUGAGGAGGUGAGUGAUCCCGACAUCAUGGAGCUGGUCCACAGCUCUCUGGGGAGGAUGACCAUUAUUCGUCAGAUCUUCCCGUUGUGGAGGGACAGCAACGUUCGCUGCAUGAGGAACAACCAUCGCAUCUCCUCCCUUCUCUGUGACCCACAGGAAGGUUAUGUGCAGUCCCUGGAGGUGUCCAACCUCUACCUGUACGACAGUGUUUUGAUGCUGGCCAAUGCCUUCUACAGGAAACUGGAGGACAGGAAAUGGCACAGUAUGGCCAGUCUCAACUGCAUGAGGAAGUCCACCAAGCCAUGGAACGGAGGGUGGUCCAUGUUGGACACCAUCCAGAAGGGACGCAUCAGUGGACUGACGGGAGUGAUGGACUUCCGCUCCGAAGGCUCCAACUCUCACGUCCAGUUUGAGAUUCUUGGAACCAGCUACAGCGAGACGUUUGGGAAAGAUGUGAAACGGCUGGCGUCUUGGGACUCCACUCGUGGCCUGAACGGCAGCCUGAAGGAGAAUCGGAUAGAGAGCGGGAUGCAGGGAGUGACGCUGAAGAUCGUAACGUUACUGGAGGAACCUUUUGUGAUGGUGGCAGAAAACAUUCUGGGCCAACCCAAGAGAUAUAAGGGUUUCUCCAUCGACGUCCUGGACGCCCUCGCAAAGAUCCUGGGUUUCAAGUACGACAUCUACCAGGUCGGAGACGGGAAGUACGGCUCGGCGCUCUCCAAUGGAACUUGGAAUGGCAUGAUUGGAGAACUCAUUGGCAAGCGAGCGGACUUGGCGAUAUCAGCCAUCACCAUCACCCCCGAGCGCGAGAGCGUGGUGGAUUUCAGCAAGCGCUAUCUGGACUACUCAGUCGGAAUCCUGAUGCGCAAGUCCGAGGAGAAGAUCAACAUUUUUUCUCUGCUGGCACCGUUUGAUCUGGCAGUGUGGGCGUGCAUCGCCGCAGCCAUCCCUGUAGUGGGCAUCAUGAUCUUCCUGCUCAGGCGCAUCCAGGCGGUGCGCUGCCAGAACAGUGCAGGAGGACAUCCGCCGCCUUCUGUCUCCACUUCACUUCAGAGUGCCAUCUGGAUCGUCUACGGUGCUUUUGUGCAACAAGGUGGCGACUCCAUCCUGGGAUCAGUGGCUCUGCGGAUCGUGAUGGGCAGCUGGUGGCUCUUCACCCUCAUCGUGUGCUCGUCCUACACAGCGAACCUGGCUGCCUACCUCACAGUGUCACGCAUGGACAACGCCGUCAGGUCGUUUCAGGACCUGUCCAAGCAGGUUGACCUGGUGUACGGGACGGUGAGGGACUCGGCCGUGUACGAGUACUUCCGGGCGAAAGGCACCAACCCCCUGGAGCAGGACAGCACAUACGCCGAGCUCUGGAAGACCAUCAACAAAAACAAUGGCUUCGAGAACUCCGUCUCUGGCCCAUCAGAUGGGAUCAAGAAGACGAAGCGCGAGUCCUAUGCCUUUCUGUGGGACAUGGCGGUGGUGGAGUACGCCGCUCUGACAGACGACGACUGCACGCUGACCGUGGCGGGAAGCAGCAUGAGCACCCGAGGCUACGGCAUAGCCCUGCAGCACGGCAGUCCUUACAGAGACCUCUUCUCUCAGAAGAUUUUGGAGCUUCAGGAAAAAGGCGACCUGGACAUCCUGAAGCAGAAGUGGUGGCCAAAGAAAGGCCGCUGUGACCUGCAGAGCUACGCCGACGCCCAGCCGGAGGGACGGGCGCUGCACCUCCACAGCUUUGCCGGUGUCUUCUGCAUCCUGGCUGCCGGGCUGCUGCUGGCCCUCCUGGUGGCCGCACUGGAGACCUGGUGGAACAGCAACCGCUGCCGAAGAGAGCAGCCCAAAGAGGACAAAGAGGUGAACCUGGAACAGGUCCACCAGCGUUUGCACAGCCUCCUGGACGAGGACUUGGUUCACAAGCAGCUGCCGGGCCAGUCUAUCGAGAUCUCUGCCCUGGACAUUGGCAGCAUGCAUCCCAGCCAGUCCCUGGAGGCCCUGUCUGCUCGGGACUACUCCCGGGGGUCGCGGCAAAUGUCUGUGACCACCUUCCUGCAGGAGGGUCACGGGCCAGGAAGGACACUGGGUGCAGGGGCUGGCAGGACCUUGCCCCUGCCCCUCAGCAGUGCCACCAUGCCCUCUAUCCGCUGCAAACACAGGGCGCCCAACGGGGGUCUCUUCCGGCAGAGCCCAGUGAAGAUGCCCAUGCCAAUGUCCUACCAACCAGUGCCAGGAGGACCCAUCCCAGAAGCCGGCGAGCUCAGCCACGGGACAUCAAUCUGAACACGUUGAACAUUCACAGACACUCAAGCUCAGACUGGAGAACUGUAC